UAUUCCGUCCGAUUUCAGCUAAAGCCAAACUCCGUAUGAAUCCACGAUCUGAUUUUGACUUUUCUGCACCAAAGCUAGAUCUGGAUGUAAAUCUUCAGGAUAUAACCAUUGAACUGAAUAAACCACAGUAUUUCAGUAUUAUGGAACUUCUUGAAUCAAUUGAUAUGAUGACCCGGAAUUUACCAUAUAGGAAAUAUAGGCCAGAGGUUCCUGUUCACAACAAUGCCAGGAAAUGGUGGCAAUAUGUUACACAAGGCAUUCUUGAAGUAAACGUCCAACCUAAGCUACAAAUGUGGUCUUGGGAACAUAUUCGAUACCAUAGGAAUCAAGUGAAAAGUUAUAAAGAGCUUUAUAAAAUAAAAAUAACUUCAAAGAAAGUUACACAAGAGAGUUUGUUUAUGUUGGAGGAUCUAGAGAAGACUUUAGAUAUAUUCAACAUCACUCUAGCAAGACAACAGGCAGAAUUUGAGGCUAUUAAAGCUGGAUUAAAGAUUUUCAAACCAGGUGCUAAACAAGAUGAUGAAAACUCUGGUGGCUGGUUUAGUUGGAUGUGGGGAUGGUCUGGAGGAAAGAGCAGUGAAACAAAACAAGAACCAAAAGGUAUUGAACAGUUCAUGACUCCACAAGAAAAAGAUAAACUCUAUGCAGCAAUUGGAUAUAGUGAAACUGCUGUCGAUCCAACAUUGCCAAAAACGUAUGAAGCUAUGAAGCUUUAUGUAAAAUUAAUAAGCAUGUCAGUGCUAAUCAGGGAAAACAAGGAGAAGCCUGAGCUGAUAAAACUUGCAUUAAUUGAUCUGCGUACAACAGUAGCACAACGCCCUGGUGCUGAAGCAAUAAGAUUUGAAUCAAGCGUAAGUGCAUUUGAAGUUCAGGGCAUGGCUCAGAAAAAAACAGUACCCUGUUUGCUGUCCUCUCACACAGUCCAUUCACAGCACAAUGCAUCACUUUUCACAAUAAUGUUUGAAACCAAUCCCUUAGAUGAUACUUGCAAUCAGAGACUAAUAAUAGAGUCACAGCCUUUGGAAAUAAUAUAUGAUGCUAUGACCGUGAAUAGUUUAAUUGAUUUCUUCCGACCCCCAAGUGAUGUUCAUUUAGAGCAAAUAACUUCAGCAACCUUAACAAAAUUGGAAGAAUUUCGUGACAAGACAGCUACCGGAUUAGUGUAUGUUAUAGAAACCCAGAAGGUCUUAGAUUUAAAAAUAAAUCUUAUGUCUUCCUAUGUCAUUGUUCCACAAAAUGGAUUUUACGAAGCUACAUCAAAUAAGCUACUUUUGGAUCUAGGUCAUUUAAAGAUGAGUAGUAAAUGUCGGUCCACCUUGUCAGAUAUCAAAGUUGGCGAAAGUGCUCUUGAAGAUAUUAUGUCAAGAGCAUAUGAAAGGUUUGACAUUCAACUCAGUAGUAUACAGCUACUUUAUAGCAGACAUGAUGAAAAGUGGGAGGAUGCUCGUAGAUUACAGUCGUCAUCUCAACAUAUCUUGCAACCUCUGGAUGUGAAAAUGGAAUUGAACAGAGCAAUGGUUGUAACAGAUGCAAGAAUGCCCAAGUACAAAAUGUAUGGUGAGCUGCCAUUACUUUCUUUCAAUAUCUCAGAUGAGAAAUUAAAAUCUAUUCUGGAACUUAUUGACAGCAUUCCAAAACCAAAACAUUCACCUGACUCCACAGCUGUUCUACAACCUCCCAAGCUUCAAGCAUCUUCUCUGAUAACAACGCCUCAAAUGUCAACCUCAGUACUUCCAUUUUUAGAACAUCUUUCAAUAGCUGGAUCAAGUGAAUCUGAGGAUGAGUUUUAUGAUGCUCCAAGUAGUCCUUUGGAAGACCUACCAUUUUUUGAAGCACCUUUGGGCUCACUGAGUAGAGCUAGUAGCUUCCGAAAAAACACAACAAAAACAGAACCUUUGAAAAAUAUGACUGAUUUCCAAUUAAGAUUUGAAAUAUCUGAGGUGUUCCUUCAGGUGUGUCAUCUUGCAGAAGACAUUGAAAAGCCAAUUCUUCGGUUGGAAAUUUUAAAAUUAGGCACUGAACUUAAGCUCAGAACAUAUGACAUGAGUGCUACUGCUUUUCUUAGGGAAAUUUGCUUAAUGUGUCCAGAAUAUCUAGAUAAUAAAGACAAGCCUGUUUAUAUUAUUUCAACUCUGGAUAAUUCAGUGGAAGAUCUUCUAUCAAUUGAGUACAUCAAGGCAGAUAUUAAUGCCCCAGAACUGAAGACUACUUACCAGAACGUUCUACAGCUCAUAAAGGUGACCUUUUCUUCUAUAGAUAUUCAUUUACAUACCGAAGCACUUCUGAGUACAAUGAAUUUUCUAAAUAAUCUCCUUCCAACUCAAGAGCCUAAUACAGUAGAAACUGUCCAGGAAAAAGAAGAAAAAAAAGAAGUUCUUAGAAAAUUUAGUUCAAAAAAAUCAAAAUAUGAGGAUGUUUGCGAUCUCCAUCUUUUGGUAGACAUGAAUUGUUUACGUAUUUUUAUAAGGGAAGAGAAACGCUGGAUCUCAGAAAUUAGCAUAGAAGGUCUUGAUAGCGAAGUUGUAAUGAAGAAAGAAACAACUGAAAUAUCUGCUAAAUUAAAAAAUAUAAUUAUUGUGGAUUGUGAUGUGACAGCACUUUAUAAAAAGGCUCUGUAUAUAACUGGAAAAGAAGUCUUUAGUUUAAAAAUGAUUACAUACAUAUGUGCCACUGAUGGUGCUGCCAUUACAAAUAUGAAUGCUGUUGACAGCAAGAUUUAUUUAACUGUUGGAUGUAUUCAAAUUGUUUUUGUCAACAAAUUUGUUUCUGCAAUUUUGGCUUUUGUAAACAAUUUUCAGAUGGCAAAGGAAGCAAUUACUGAAGCCACUGUUCAAGCUGCUGAAAAAGCAGCCACAGGUGUAAAGGAAUUAGCUAAGCAGAGUUCCCGAAUGGCACUGGACAUUAACAUUAAAGCGCCUGUUGUCAUAAUCCCACAGUCAGCAGUAUCUACUGAUGUUUUAGUUGCUGAUUUUGGUAUGAUCACCAUAAAAAAUGAAUUUAUGCUUGUGAAAACAAAGCUUCGUUACAAUGUCCCACCAGUUCUUGACAGUAUGUGUGUGAAUCUGAGUGAACUCAAAUUAUACAGAUCAAAUAUUAUGAGUGGAUUAUUACAAAAUGAAUUACAACUACUGCAGCCAUUAAAUCUUGAAGUUAAAGUUGAACGCAAUUUAGCUGCUCUUUGGUAUCAUGAAAUUCCUGACAUUAACAUAUUUGGGCGUCUCAAACCAAUUAAUCUUAUUCUCAGUGAAGCAGAUAUAACUACAAUAUUGAGGACUUUGAAUGAAAAUUUAGGAGAUAGUUCUGAAUCUCCAUCUGUACAAGAAAAAAAAGAUGUGUUAAGCAUUCAUAGUGGAGCUGCAAGUUUCUCCCAGCAUUCUGGAGCUGCUGCUGUCAAGAUGUUAUCAGAUGGGUCACUGAAUGCUUCAGUUAAAUUAACAAAUUGCACUUUAGAUGAUAAACGAGAAACUGUACAGAAGGCUACACCAAGGCUAUUUAAAUUACGGAAUGACAAACAGAGCAAAAAAAUGGUACAAAUGAAACAUGGAUCUGAAAAGAAAGUCAUGGUGAAUAUAAGCUAUAAACAAGGGAGAGAUGGCACCACUGUUGUGGACACAAUUGUUGAAGAAACCUACCUCUGUGCUAGUGUUGAGUUUCUGCUUGCUGUUGCAGAAGUAUUUCUCAAUGCUAAUGCUGAAAGCACAGCUGCAAAUAAAAACUUUCGGCAAACACUGGCUACAAAGGAACAAGGAACAAACCAGUUACCAUAG